UGAGACUCGGCGGAGGAGCGUUGGGCAGGGGCGCUCACUCAUGAGGAGCAGGAAGCUCACAGGUGGAGUGCGGUCCUCAGCGCGCCUUCGGGCCCGAAGUUGCUCUUCUACCAGCUUGGCCUCUGCCGGGGACAUCGCCAGCUCCACGUCUGCCAAAACAACAUGUCUGGCUUCCUCAUCACACAAGGCUACAGACAGACGGACUUCCAAAAAGUUCAAGUAUGACAAAGGUCACCUUGUGAAGGCAGAAUUACAAAAAGUUGACCCUAAAAGUGACAUUUCUUCUUUGCCAAAAGUGGUCCCCGUGGCCCCUUGUGAAAAUAAGUUCGCAGAGGACGGUGCUGAGGCUGCUGUCCCAGCACCAGAGAACACAGCGCCUCCUCAGGGCUGCUCCAAACCGGUGAGUGAGGAACCCUCAGUAAAGGCUGAAGAGGGCCUGCCCACAGCACCCCGCAGUGCUGCUGCAGCCCAGGAGACCCAUGACAGCUCUGCCAGUCAGGCGGAGCCUGUGCCCGUCCUUCAGAUGGACAGCAGCGUCUUUCUAGAUGAUGACAGCAACCAGCCCAUGCCUGUGAGCCGCUUCUUCGGGAAUGUUGAGCUUAUGCAGGAUCUGCCACCAGCCUCUUCGUCUUGUCCUUCCAUGAGCAGACGAGAAUUCAGAAAAAUGCACUUCAGAGCCAAAGAUGAUGAUGAGGAUGCCGAGGGGUAGAAGUGGCAGGGACGGUACAGCCACUUUUAAAAUUCUGUACAACAUGUUCAAGAGAACACGUUGUUAACUGAGCGCAAACUUGACAUGGAUGUCACUGGCACAGAUGCCCGGCUCCUGCGGCAGGGCCCUUACAACCACAGGCUGCUGCCCCCGCUGCUGUGUGUCUUCUUUCAUGGACACACCACACCACGAGGGCAUGGGGCCGGGCCGUGGGAAACAAGAAUUCCUGAGUGCUUUGGUUUUGGUAACAAGCUUACUUUCCAUGCCAGACUGAUCACUGCAGAUGAAUUGUUUAUGUGGAAGGACUCCUGUUUCUGAGUGAAGCUAACCAUUUACCUUGUUUUUGCAAAGUAUAUAUGAGAAGGAAAUAAAAUAUAUUUUGAAAAUUA